CCAAUGAAACCCAGACACUAACGAACACAAUGACGCCAUUAACGCCACCGUGAAGCUCAUCAUCACGUUCCUCCUCUCUCCGCCGAAAUUAACCUUCUCCGUCGUCGUCCCUGUUUCCUUAGAGACACAAUUUCACACGUGUGUCUCUCAUCGCCUACUUGAAAACUCGAACUCUGUUUUAAAGACAAAGAGAUGGAAGCGAGAAGCGAACUGAACCUUAAAGUUUACGAUAUUUUCAAAGAGUUUAUGACAGGGAUCACAAAACUUGAGGAACUAGGGAAUGCUGCAAACACUUUUCUUCUACGGUUUCAGCAAGGACUCUGCUUGCUCAAAUGCUCUCCAAUGCUCACUUCGUCCACUUUGAUCAAGAACCUUAUCAAGAGCAAUGAAACAAGACGGCUAAAAUCGUAUAUAGAUUCCGGCUGUAUUAACAUCGAUGAUGCUGCAAAAAGCACAAAGGCUUUGCAUACAUCCCUAUCAGGACUUUCUGACCAUCUGAUCAAAGCUCAAAGUCUGUUAUCUGAGCUUGAGCGUCUCACCGAUGAGGCAGCCCUUGCAAUUGAGACUGCAACAACAACACAGCUAGAUGUAGAAUCAUGUGAUGAGUUACGACAGGUAACGAGUGAUGAGGAGAAUGAGAUUGUACAUUUUCUUCAAGAACCUGAAGUUAUAGAGUACGCUACAGUUAUUGCAGUGGUUUACAGUAUGGUGAAGCAGAACUACGUUAUGCAGGAAAAGAUUGUGAGAUCGCUUAGUUUGAAGACAUCAUUUGAUGAGCUAGAUUCUUACACUAUGAUGUGGUCAUUGCGUCCGUUUGUAGAAGACAAGAUUAUGAACAGAGCAUGGAAAUGUAUCUACUAGUACACACAUUAUUCAGUUAAUUUUGUUUGAUUAAUUUGUUA